AUGACCUUGCCGAACACGCCCGCCGCCUUCUCCUGGAGCGUCAUCCGCGCAUUCCGCAGCGCCCGCUGGCGCCACCAGAGCACCGCCACCGCGGCCCCGACCACCGCGGCCGCCACCAAUGCCGCCCCGACGCCGCCCGCCGCCAGGGCCGCCACCAGCGCGGCCGUCCCGUCGUCGCCGUCGGCACCACCUCCCACCGCCGUCCCGUUGGCCCACGACGUCGCCGAGGCGCUGGGCGAUGAAGAUGAGUGUGGUGAGGAUGAAGAAGGUGAUGAAGAUGGCGGCAAGGCUGAUGGCAAAGAAGAAAGUGUAGGAGGCGUAGAAGAGGGCGAGCGGGAUGGAGAUGGCGAAGGCGAGAGAGAAGGCGACAUGGUCGGCGUGGUAGAGGGCGUCGGCGUUGCCAUCAGCGACGCCGAGACGGAGCUCGUGGGCGUGAACGAGGCGGUGGUCGAGGGAGACGCAGUCGGCGAACUGGAGGGCGACAGCGACGGCGACAGCGCAGAAGACGACGGAGACAGCGUCGGCGAGCUCGAAAGUGAGGCGGAGGGGGAGGGUGAUGACGUGGAUGAAGGCGAACGCGAGGGCGACGAGGUCGGCGAGGGCGAGAGCGAGGUGGCGAGCGACAACGUCGACGUCGACGUGGGCGUGGGCGAGAGUGAGACGGAGGCCGAGGGUGACGGUGUGGACGAAGGCGAAGCAGACGGCGUCGACGUCGACGAAGCUGAGGGCGAUGGCGUGGACGAGGGCGACUGUGUGGGCGACGACGAGAGUGAGGUGGAGGGCCACGGCGUGGACGAGGGCGAAGCAGACGGCGUCGACGAUGAUGAAGGGGAGGGCGAUGCCAUCGACGAGGGCGAACGAGAGGGCGACGACGUUGGCGUGGGCGAGAGUGAGAUGGAGACCGAGGGCGACGGCGUGGACGAGGGCGAAGCAGACGGUGUCGACGUCGACGAAGGCGAGGGCGAUGGUGAUGGCGUCGACGAGGGCGAACGAGAGGGCGACGACGUGGGCGACGGCGAAAGUGAGGCUGAGGACGAGGGUGAUGACGUCGACGAAGGCGAAGCAGACGGCGUCGACGGCGAUGGCGUGGACGAGGGCGAACGAGAGGGCGACGGCGUGGGCGAGGGCGAGAGUGAGAUGGAGGGUGAGGGUGAUGACGUGGACGAGGGCGAACGCGAUGGCGACGAGGUCGGGGAGGGCGAAAGAGAGGUGGAGGGCGAGGCCGACGCGGUGGGCGACGGGGUGAGCGGGGGCGUGGGCGUAGGCGACGAGGAGGGAGACGCGGUGGGCGACGGGGAAGCCAGCACGCCCAGGUCGAGCCGCGCCACGUUGGCCGUCACCGCCCCACUCGACAGCUCGCCUCCUGCAUGA